GGCCCUCGGGCUUUUCAAAGCCCCCGGACUCUGGCAGCUAGCAACAUGUCUACCAACAGGAGAAUGAAGAGCCAAAGCGGGAGGAGAAACAAGAGCAGAUCUCCCCAUAAGGGGGUCAAAAGAGCUGGAGCUAAAAGGAAAUAUCGGAAGGCUGGGCUGAAGAGCAGAAAAAGAAGUGAGGAAGCUCACAGGACUUACCGUUCCAACUUGUGAUACCACCAAGAGCUCAGAGCUGCUGGACUUCUUAGCAACAUCAGUCCGCAGUGAAAAAGAAGGACAGGGGGUCUGCCAGGGCAACCAGAGGUUCGAUCAGAGAAGGAAAAAAGGAAACAUAUUCAAUGUGGGGAAAAUCCAAGCUUGAGGAAGUGAGGAAUGUAUAUGAUGGCAUUUUUUCCCCCCCAACAUCUCAAUAAAAUUUAGAAACCUGGUAAAAAAAGAAAAA